UUCAUCAUUCAGAAGUGGCUGAAUAACGAAUAAAUUUUUAUUUGUUAUUUGCAGAAGCUGAAUAACGAAUGAAUUGUUAUUCAUCAUUUAUAAGAGGCUGAAUAACAAAUAAACUUUUUUAUUCAUCAUUUAUAAGAGGUCAAAUAACAAAUAAAUUUUUAUUCAUCAGUCAUCAAUUAUUAAAUGUCAAUCAUACCCAUCUCUGCUCUGAACCUAAUGGACAAAUAAUUAUUUUUUCUGCUUUUAAAGGAGGGGGGUCCCAAAAACAGUUUUUAAUAAAUAACUUAGGUAUCGGUUCAAGGCUAAAAAUGGUCUCCGUUUAAUAUCUUCUUUACAGCGUACAUGAAUGAAAUAUGUAUUCCCUUGUGUAUGUUCUUUGUAGCAUGUGUGCAUAUCGAAAACAGGUAUGUUUUAUUUGCGUUGGGUAAUUCCAGUCAUAAUUCUUACAGCUGAAUAAUAGUGUUUACAAUGUCCAACUAAUUAGCGAUCAACAAGUAAAGAAGGGUCCUGGACGUCUCAAAAUUAUUUGCACGGAAGAGGCAGACCCAAGAAGCAGUAUGCACCUGGACGACAAAGAAGCGUUUCAUCGUUAUUAUGCGAAUUACGCAAAUUAUAUUUUGAACGUGAUACAUAUCAUGCAAAGAAGCUUCGCGCGUUAUGAUAGUGACACAAUCUUGUCGAAAAUUUCGACUUGAUUGUCGAACAUCAAAAAACGAGGACAAUCAAUUAAAUUUUCUCAAAUUGCCGUCGAAAUUACAAAAUUACUGUCAAGAUUCAGUUGUUAAUAGACAAGUCACUAAAGCAAAAUUAUUUACCAGAGAGAUCGAUGAAAUUACCACGCCGCAACAUAUCUCAAAUAUUGUAUCUUCUGCAUCAUAUAUUUGUCAGCAAAAAUAUGAGCCGCCAGCCGUAACUUUCGAAGAAAAAUAUUUGAGCGAUGGUGAAAAGUUUGAACGUAAAUUCAACAAGAAAAUUUGUAAUAACAGGAAGCAAAGCAGUACACCACGGAUCGUAAGAGCCAUUCGACAAAAUAGCAAGAAACGCAACAGUAAAAGCAGCGUUGUUGUGCUUUAUCACGGUAAUUUCAAUAAUCCUCCAUCAUCUUCUUCGAAAGAUUUCGUGCAACUUUCGAAAUCUGAUCAAGCUGUAAAAACAUCGUACAUAUCGCAAUCGCAUGUUACAAACCCUGCAUCACCUGAUAAGACAAAAAUCAUAGAGACUCCAGAAACUUUGUCUCCGAGAUAUUCACUACGUCGACGAAAAACUAUUUCUAAAAGAUAUCGUCAUACAUCAGGACAACAGCCUUCUUUGAAUGUAAACAUUUAUCACGCAAAUCGAGUAGAGCGAUUUGUAUCGCCGUUACAGCAUCAGUGGCUCUCACUUAAAAGGCAGACGGGAAUAAAUUCCAAGUAUAAGAAUCUGGAGUACACGGACCAGCUUCCUAAAAAUCUUAUCAACUCGCAAUCGAAAACAAUUUCUUGUCAUCUUAAAAAACACGUAACGAAUCAAAGAUCACGUAAAUGUAGCGAAGAAGAGAGAUCUUGGGAGAAACAAUGUUCAUUUGUUGAAGUUGCCGCUUCGAAAUCUAUGGAUCAUUGUUCAGAGAAAGUGGAGACGGAGAACAUAAAGGAUCAAAAGCAAUCUAAACUUUGCCCGAGUUUGUCGAGACAGCAAAUACAAAUUCAUCCUAAAGAAACGAGCGUUAAAUCAGCAUUUGUUAACACACAUAAGAGUGACGAGACGAGUCGGGUGUUUCCUUUCCAAGCUACAUCUAGUGGUAAUCUUAAGAUCAUUCCGAAUCAGGUUGUAUUCGAGUCGAAGAAGUUCAGCAUUUUAGUUGCCGAUCCACGACAUACGAAAGUUAACGUCAAGGCUGAGUUCAAUCAAUCAGGUGCCAACGUUGGCACAUCCGACUCUUCAAACCAAACAAGAUAUAUCGAUUUCCCGCCUGGUAUCACGCCGUCAACGAUCGAUCAGUUGCAGGCACAGAAGAAAUUACCAUAUGUUGAAGGAAACUAUAAAUCACGAACGCGACCAAAUACUAAGUUUUAUUCGGAAAUGGAACAUAAUCAUUCGGUACAAUCAACAUCCCACCAACUUCCUCCAAUAAAUGAAGUACCACUUGCCUCGUUGGGAUUUACGAGUGAGCAACCAAUCAAUUGGAAUAAUAUAAUUCUACCAGAAAAGACUGACUUGUAUCAGGAAUUAACUAGACGUAUCACAAACUACAAGCAAAUACCCAACCAAACAACGACAAUAGCUCACGCGGGUUCGAGACUCGGUAACAUUAUAAACACAAUGCAAUCUAGAAUCGCAGAAGCUAGUCAGUCAGGCGAUAAAAACGUUGACAUUGAAAAAUGUCAGACACCUAUGGAUGUUGACCUUGUCAAGGGGAUAUGGAAGAGGUUAUCCGAGGAGAUAAUGGAACAAAUUGAUACAUCUACAUCUAAGUUGAGUAAGUCAAGCAAAUCAAACUUAAGCAUCAAAAAUAACGUCAAGACUUUGAAUAACAAGAUUCCUGCUUCCUUUUCUAACUAUAAUAUUCAAACUAAAACAUCUGAUUUAAGCAAAAAGGCAUCAACAGUAAUAAUAAUAAUUAUAGUACCAUCUCGAUUGGUGGAUUCUAUCCAUACAAAUAUACAAAAGAAGAUAACACUUUCUACACAGUAUAUGUAUACAAUACUGAUAAUUCUAAGACUAAGGCUACCCACCCGCUUUACUCUAGCUCUCUCAUCUUCAGUAUCGCUUCCGAUGAUAUCCUGAAAAUUAAAAAAAUUGAUCAGCGUAAGGUUAUGGUCGAAUUCAAGUUGGCCAGUGCUGCCAAUGACCUCGUCACUUUUCAUAUACUCAGUGCUCAUGGACGUGCUUUUAUAACUGCUUAUCGCACUAUGUGCAUGGAUCUCAUUAGAGAUGUUCCUUCUAACAUUAGUGUCGUAUUCGGAUUGGCAACCCGGAUAACGCAAAGCUGCAUGCGCAGCCUCGUCUUUGUAAACGGACGGAUUGCGGCGUGCAUCUUCGAGUCAGCCAGUUAACCUACGCCGAUUUGUACUAAACAAUAAACAGAAUUAGAGGUUACCUAAUAGUUAUUAUUCUUAUUCCUUCAAGCAAAUACGACAAUUAGUAUAGAAAUCAUAUCCAAAUCCAUUGAAGCACAUCUAUACAAAAUUCUUAAAAGUGAAAAGGUUGCAAAAAAGUCUUCAGUAACGGGUCGACUAAAUUGGUGUCCCUAUCUUUGAUUUGUGUUAGAUUUGCAGGACAAGCGUUCCCUAAACACGCAUAUAUUUUCAAAACCAGGCACGAGAUUAGCCCUUUCAUUCCCAGAUCCAAAGUUGUUAUAAGUGUUAUAGGAUAAGACACAUCAGAACUAUUGGCAAAGGGGUAGAGAGGUGCCUCAAAUGUGGCCAGGAUAGGUCGUUGCCUCAUGCUAGAUAAAUCUGUAUGCAUAAAUUGCAAGAGUCCAUUUUGCCAAAUCAUCUGAUUGCCCGAUUGUGUUCAAGCAUAAAUUGAUACUUUCUCUAACUGUAACUGAAAAUAUCCCAAUUUCAGAAGCAGAAAAAUCAUCAAGCGAAGCAAUUCUAAUAGUUCAACAAGCUCUCAAUUUCCUGACUCUGCAGAUCUCAGAACGGAUUUCAAAAAUUUUCCACGUUUAAGAAAUAACAACAAUAAUUAUAACAACAAUUUAAGACAUUAUGAUACAUUCGGCAGAUACUUACAGGAAGCCGAUGAUUUUUCAUUUUCUCAUAGCCAGAACAGAUUUGACAUUCUAAGCAACAUGGAUGGCGCGUACUGGCUUACGGUGCUACAACGCUUUUCUGACUCUUACGCAAGCAUUGUGGCUGGUAAAGGUUUUUUCUAGAUUAGCGACAUCAAAGCGUCCCAAUAUUUCAGGCGAUUUUCCGGAUACCUUAUUUAUGUAUGUAUACAAUUUUUCAAACCAAAAUUGAUAUGACCUAAUGAUAAUUACGUCUUGUCCGAAAACUUCAUACAAAUUUUAAGAUUGAUCUGAGACGCAUUUAUGUCCCUUUUAAAUUCAUAUAUUAAAAUUGGUAUAAUUUGUAGCUACUUUGAAAAUUUUAUUCUGUGAUUUUAUUGGGAACUUAACAAACAAUAGUUUAGAGGCACUUUUUGUUUGCAAUAGUUUGUGCGUCAUAGUUAGGUGAUUUAAUAACAAUCCCGUUCCCUCUGCUUCCUCGUGGAUUACUUUGAAUGCAAACGUGCCAACUACGGCGACUCAAAAUGUGGAAAGACUUUCUAAACAACCUGACAUAUAUAUAUGUAUGUAUAUAUACAGGAUGUCCGGGA